CGUGAUUGAAGGCGGAAGGAGUUCCUAAAUGACCUCAACAGCAUGAGAAAAUCAUGUUUGUAGGAUUUGCACUGCAGUAUUGUUGUUGUCAGUGAUUUAAUGUAUGAAAAAUAAAUGUUGUGUUUGUUCUAAUGGAUCCUAAUCUGCUGCACUGGAGAGACCAGGGUCGGUCUUUCUUCCGUCGACUCCAGACGUGGAUUAAUCUGCUUGAUCCAACCCUCCUGCUCUCCUCUGAUCCUGAAAUACAAAAAGCCCACACUCUGAUUGGAAGUUCAAAGCCACAGGAUAAAAAGGAUGAAUCUGCACUGACCCUCUCACUUUCGUCUGUCCACGCUGAUUCUGGUGCUGCACUUCCACUAGUUUUCCGCCCUCCAGCAUUUUUGCCAAUAGCUGCACCUUUGGUUGUUGCCAGCCUUUUGCCACAAAGCAGCGUCAAACCGGCUCUGUUUUGGCAGUUUUUGCUGCAGAGUUACUGUGCAGGGUUCAACCACGCCAACAGAAAUUCUUCAACAGAGCAGGACAAGAAAGCGUCUUUGAAGCAGCUUCUGUUGAUCGCUGGAACAGCUUCGUACACGUCAUGUGCAGGGGCCCUUCCUCAGAUUUUCAUUAACCGACUCGGUAUAAGAAGCCCAGCAGUCCAGACAUUCUUCAGGUCAUUAUUUCCAAUCCCACUUUCAGCUGCUCUGGCCUUCUUCAGUGUGUUCACUAUCAGAAGUGAGGAGUCAGAAACUGGGAUCCAAGUGUUCGACCGCAAUGGAAAUCCUGUGGGAAUCUCUAAAGCAGCAGCAGAAAAGGCUGUGAGGGAAACUGCGUUAUCUAGAGCGGCGCUGUUUGGUACGACUGCUGCUGUUCCUAAUCUGCUGGUUUUGCUCCUAAAGAGAACAAGACUUUUCCAGAGGAACUCCUUGCUGGCUGCUCCUUUCCGGCAUAUAAGUGUUGCAUUGGUCCUGGGCCUGAUGGUUCCUGUCUCAUUCAGUCUCUUUCCACAACUGGGAACGAUAAAGAGGGAAAUGUUGGAGGAGGAGCUGCAGGACAGAGCAGCUGGUGGACGGUUAUUCUACCACAGAGGACUAUGAGGAGCAGCCAGACACACAAUGAACCACAACACAUGCUGCAAUUACUGAUAGCAUGACAGUAAAAUCCUCCUGUAACAUCAUACGGCUGAAAAAGUUUGAUAUGUGUAACAGACUCAAACAUCAGAUGUAGUAUUCAUGUGAGAUAUUUUGUGUAAAAGAUAUUUAACUAAUAAAACAAGGGAGAGGCUA